AUGCUGGCCAGCCGGUUAAUACCACGAACUGCGGUUCGCUCCGCGUUCCGAACGCAGUCCGCCCUACCCUCAAUUGUCCCGGCCGCGAGGUGGAGACGGACCUAUGCUACAGAAGCCGAGGAGAAGGAUCUCGUCAUCAUUGGAGGCGGCGUUGCUGGCUACGUCGCCGCCAUAAAAGCUGGUCAGGAGGGCUUGAAGGUCACCUGCAUUGAGAAGCGUGGAACUCUCGGCGGCACUUGUCUCAACGUCGGCUGCAUUCCCUCAAAGUCCCUCCUCAACAACUCGCAUCUUUACCAUCAGAUUCUUCACGACACGAAACAGCGUGGUAUUGAGGUCAACGAUGUCAAGCUGAACCUCAAGCAGCUGAUGAAGGCCAAGGACCAGUCGGUUGCUGGUCUUACAAAAGGUGUGGAGUUUCUGUUCAAGAAGAACGGCGUCGAGUACAUAAAGGGCGCAGGCUCCUUCGUCAACGAGCACGAGAUCAAGGUGGAGCUGAAUGACGGAGGCGAGACUAGCGUUGUCGGCAAGAAUAUCCUCAUCGCCACCGGAAGCGAGGCGACUCCUUUCCCCGGCCUCGAGAUCGAUGAGCAGCGCGUCGUCAGCAGUACCGGCGCCAUCGCUCUGGAGAAGGUACCCGAGUCCAUGGUCGUCAUCGGUGGCGGCAUCAUUGGACUAGAGAUGGCCUCUGUCUGGUCGAGGCUAGGCUCCAAGAUCACCGUCGUUGAGUUCCUUAACCAGAUUGGUGGCCCCGGCAUGGACACAGAGAUUUCAAAGCAGGCGCAAAAGAUCUUGAAAAAGCAGGGCAUCGAGUUCAAGCUCGGCACCAAGGUCGUCAGUGGAGACAAGACUGGCGACAAGGUGAAGCUUGAGGUGGAUGUUGCAAAGGGCGGCAAGCCGGAGACACUCGACGCUGAUGUCGUCCUUGUUGCCAUUGGUCGCCGCCCAUAUACCCAAGGUCUAGGCCUCGAGAACAUCGGCAUGGAGCUUGACGAGCGGGGACGUGUCAUCAUUGACUCCGAAUACCGAACCAAGAUUCCCCACAUUCGAUGCGUCGGAGACGUCACCUUUGGUCCCAUGCUGGCACACAAGGCAGAGGAGGAGGCUGUCGCCGUCGUUGAAUACAUCAAGAAGGGCUACGGCCAUGUCAACUACGCCGCGAUUCCCUCCGUCAUGUACACCUACCCUGAAGUGGCGUGGGUUGGCCAGAGCGAGCAAGAUCUGAAGUCAGCGGGAGUCAAGUAUCGUGUGGGAACCUUCCCAUUUAGCGCCAACUCCCGUGCGAAGACGAACUUGGACACUGAGGGCAUGGUCAAGAUGAUUGCAGACCCUGAGACAGACAGACUCUUGGGAGUUCACAUCAUUGGACCUAACGCUGGUGAGAUGAUUGCAGAAGGUACCCUCGCGCUAGAGUACGGUGCGUCAAGCGAGGAUAUUGCACGGACUUGCCACGCGCAUCCUACUCUCGCGGAGGCGUUCAAGGAGGCCGCGAUGGCCACACACGCUAAGGCGAUCCAUUUCUAA